AUGGCUUCUCUCUCCAUUGCUUCCGUUAACUUUAGGUUAUGUCCUUUACCCUCUUCUCCAAAGGUUUCCACUCACGGCUUCGUUCAAUUCGCUCGAUUCAACAAGGUCGCUGACUCGUCGUCGAUUCUUACCUCAACUCACUGCAUUUCUGGGCUUCGUGCGGUUUUUCCUCAGAAGAUUUCGUCAAUUGUUUCUCCUAAUUCUCAGAGGCUUCAGUCUCUUACCGUUUUCGCUCAUAAGGGCUACAAGAUAAAGACCCACAAGGCCUCAGCGAAGCGGUUCAGGGUGACGGGUAGGGGGAAGAUAGUGAGGAGGAGAUCAGGAAAGCAGCACUUGUUAGCUAAGAAGAACAAUAAGAGGAAAUUGCGUCUAUCGAAAAUGACCGAAGUGAGCCGGAGCGACUAUGACAACGUAAUCGGUGCUCUACCCUACCUGAAAGUCAAUCGAAAGGCGACUUAA